CUGUUGUGUGUUUGUGUCUCUCUAUUCACACAGUAAAAUGGCAGAAGCCAGAAUUUCAGUGGAUCAGGAUGAGUUCAUCUGUCCAGUGUGUCUGGAUCUCCUGAAGGAUCCAGUGGCCAUUCUCUGUGGACACAGUUACUGUAAGAGCUGUAUUACAGGCUGCUGGGAUCAGGAGGAUCAGAUGAGAGUCUACAGCUGCCCUCAGUGCAGACAGACCUUCAGACCAAGACCUGCUUUAGCUAGAAACACCAUGCUGGCUGAAGUGGUGGACAAACUGAAGAAGACUAAACUUCCCACUGACACUUACGCUGGAGAUGUGGAGUGUGAUGUUUGUACUGGAAGAAAAUACAAAGCCAUCAAGUCCUGUCUGGUGUGUCUGAACUCUUACUGUCAGAUUCACCUUGAACAACAUGAGCAUUGGUUUAAAGGAAAGAAACACAAUUUGACUGAAGCCACUGGACGACUGCAGGAGAUGAUCUGCCGUGAACAUGAGAAACAUCUGGAAAUGUACUGCAUCACUAACCAACAAUGCAUUUGUGUGCUGUGUACAAAAUAUGAACAUAAAAACCAUAACACUGUAUCAGCUGCAGCACAGAGGACAGAAAAACAGAUUCCCAUCAGCUCACUCUGGAUCUCAACACAGUAAAUAAACACCUCAGUCUGUCUGAGAGCAACAGAGUGAUUACUGGAACUCGCACAGAGCAGCCGUAUCCUGAUCAUCCAGACAGAUUUGAUCAGUGGUAUCAGGUGUUGUGUAGAAAGAGUGUGUGUGGACACUGUUACUGGGAGAUUGAGUGGACUGGAGAUGUGUGUAUCAGUGAUAUAUAAGAGCAUCAGCAGAAAGGGACGGGGGGUGAGUGUGCGUUUAACCAUAAUGAUCAGUCCUGGAGUUUGAUCUGCUCUCGCUUUGGUUACUCAUUCAUGCACAAUAGCUCACUGACUUUUCUCACUAUAGAGCCCAUCACCAGUAGAAUAGGGUUGUCUGAUGAUGAUGAUAUCAGCUGUAGAGUAGGAGUGUAUGUGGAUCACAGUGCAGGAACUCUGUCCUUCUACAGAGUCUCUGACACAAUGCGCCUCAUCCACACAGUCAAGACCACAUUCACUCAGCCGCUCUAUCCUGGGUUUGAGGUUUCUCAUAUAUCAUCAGUAAAACUGUGUUGAUAAAUCAUAGAACAAAUUGUAGAAUGAUUCUACCCAUAAUGGUUUGCGUCAUGCAUAGAGUGUGCAUAGAGUAUGCAUAGAGCGAGUGUACCAUAUAUAUGUAUAAACACACUCACACACAUUACUUUUAGUCUGCACAAGUCUGUAUACAUUGGAUUGAUUUUUUCAAUAACUUC